AUAGUUUGUCGGUCUAGUGACUUAUUACUUUCGCGGCACAUAAGAUCUUCUUAUAUAAAUCCCAAUGAAUAUAAGACUAAGAACAUAAAUAAUGUUAUGGAAGAUGAAACAGACAAUUAUCGCUUCAUUUCACAUCAGCAACAACAGCGACUACAAUCUCCAAAUCGACAAGCAUUAAACAGAUCUAAUAAUGCUAAUCUAACAAAUGUAGAUACUCUAAUAUCAAAUAUAUUUGUAACAGACAAUAGCUCGAAUGGUAUUAUAAUAUUUAAUAGAACAUUCAGUGGCUAUAAAUCACCGAGAAAUCAUGACACUCACAUUAAUCCACUUUUUGUUGAGAGAUCAACUCAGCAAAUACCGUCAUUCAAGGAACCUAUUCUGGCUCAUCCACCUAGAAGUCAGCAAGGACCAAUAAUCUUCAAAGAUCCACCCAGUAGCGAUACACCUACAUGUAAGGAUGACUUACAUGCUGCUAAGCCAUUUUGUACGGAAGUUCGCAAUUAUCCUGAUUUGAGUAAUUUCGAAUCAAAAUUAUUGGAUGAAUUUUCCAAACUUCAAUUUUUCUUUUCGGAUGAGCUUGUGCAACCUCAAAAUGUACAACAACGCAUAAAUAUCGGUCCAGAUGAGAGUUUCUUCUGUACUAGCGAAGAGAAAAUUAUAUUUCCAAAAGCGCAACUCUCAAAAAAUAACGAAUUAUUGUUCAUAGUAAAUGAUAAUGACAAAUUUAAGCAGGGACUACGUGUGGAGCUAUGUUCGAAUGAAGGUAGCAAAUGCAAGUAUUCCGAUUCCCUACCGAAUGGUGUGAAGGCAACCUGUAAGCAAAAUCAUAUCUAUCGUGCACUGGUAGCCAUCACUCCAAAUGGCACUGUUGUAACAGAUCAGUUCAAAGUGCCGUCCUGUUGUAAGUGUAUCCUGAAGGAAGUUCAUUAAGCUUACGUUAUGAACUCACCGCAGUUUAUGUCUACGUAACUUUGUACGAUUUUAUGAAUCACACCCACCCGCAACAGGAUGGCAGGCCAAACUGUCAAGGGAAUAUCC